UCAGCCAAAAGUGCGAAUUAAUAAGUUAUCGGAGAAGCUUUAGCUUUACCGGCGGAUCUGACUUCACUAUAGUCGCAGUCGUCGGCGGCAGUAGUACACCAGUCUCCGGCUCCGAUUUAGUCCGGCACGCGCUUACGAUUUUGGGUAACUUUUCGCAACCGUCGGCGAGGCAUGUGAUACGAGAAAAGCCCUUUUGCUAGUGAAAAACCAUACGUCAAACUAAAGAUAAACUAAACUAAAUUUUAGAAACAAAUUAUUUUAUAAAUAAAAUUCAAAAAACAUGAGUGACCAGGCCAAGGAGAUCGAGGCUAUUCCGCCCACUAUCCAGGACUUCAAGGCUCCCGAUCUUCCGGACAACAAACCAGUGCUCUUCUUUCAUCCCUACAACUUCCAUGCGCAAAAAGUCCUUAUGGUUUUCUACGAGAAAAAAAUAGACUUCUUUCCGUACGUUGUUGAUCUGUGCAAUGGCGAGCAGUAUUCCAACUGGUUCCUGAACCUCAAUCCCAAGGGCGAUGUCCCAGUGCUCCAAGACGGAGCUUUUGUUAUUCCUAACUCGACGCACAUCGUAAGCUAUGUGGAGAGCAAGUUCCGAGGAGGAAUUCAUCGUUCCUUGAAGCCCCCGCACAACUCGAAGGAUUUCGACCAGAUGUUGAUCCUGGAGCAAGCAAUAAGUCGCCUUCCGGUGGGAACUCUCAGCCUGGGUUCCUUUAUUCACGAUGAUCUGAAGCUGGUGCCCAAGGCGCCUUUCAUAGGACCCGUGCGCCAGUCCUGUCUAAAAAACAACGGCAAGGUACUUGACCUGCUGCGCCGCUCCCUGGACGAGCAGUCAACCAAUAAGGCAGCUUUGCAGCACAAGCUAGAUAUACAAGUACGUCGGCAUGAGCUAGCCUCCUCCCGCGAGGAUUUCCAGAAAGUUUUGGAUGCCGUGCGUCACUUUUUGCUCUACGUGGAGCAGGAACUAUCCGCCCAAGCGCCGCGAAGCGAGUGGCUGGCCGGUGACGAGCUAACCGUAGGGGAUAUAUCAUUGGGACUGCUGCUGCAUCGGCUAUACCAGCUCGGGUUCGAGAACCACUUCUGGGCAUUUGGAAAACUGCCACAGGUUGAGGCCUAUUUCCUGCGUUUUCGACAGCGCGAGUCCUUCCACCGCCUGCAGCCGAGCAACUUUGCCAUCCUGCGCGAGAUGUGGACGCGGACGCCGGGCAAUUAUAAACUUGGAGCGGGAGCCGGCUUCCUGGGUAUGGCCAUGUUCGCCGCCUUCGCGCACAAGUGAGCGGAGGAUCGGGACAACCAGACUUUGUUAACAAAUCCUUUUACUGUUAAAGUUGGGCACAUAUAAACACACGAACAUAAGAACGCUUAAA